UCCGCCUCCGCCGCGCCGAGGGCGUGGGCUCCGGGCUCCCGGAAGCGGCGGCCGCGGCGUGGAGCCCAGCGGGCUGUCGGUCGCCGGAGCGACCAUGCGCGGCGGCCGGGGGCUGUGAGCGGAGCGCGGCGGCGCGGCGCGGGCUCCUCCCGGCGUGGGGCGGCGCGGCCGGGGUGAUGCUGCUCAAGCUCCUGCAGAGACAGACCUAUACCUGCCUCUCCCACAGGUAUGGGCUCUACGUCUGCUUCGUGGGCGUCGUGGUCACCAUCGUCUCGGCUUUCCAGUUCGGAGAGGUGGUUCUGGAGUGGAGUCGGGAUCAAUACCAUGUUUUGUUUGAUUCCUACAGAGACAAUAUUGCUGGGAAAUCCUUUCAGAAUAGGCUCUGUCUGCCCAUGCCAAUCGAUGUGGUUUACACCUGGGUGAACGGCACAGACCUGGAUCUUCUAAAGGAGCUACAACAGGUCCGAGAGCAAAUGGAGGAGGAGCAGAAAGCUAUGAGGGAGAUGCUUGGGAAGAACACAACAGAGCCAACAAAGAAGAGUGAGAAACAGCUGGAGUGUCUACUGACACAUUGCAUUAAAGUGCCCAUGCUUGUUCUGGAUCCGCCUUUGCCAGCCAACAGCACCCUGAAAGACCUGCCAUCUCUUUACCCAUCUCUUCAUGCUGCCAGUGACAUGUUCAAUGUUGCAAAACCCAAAAAUCCUUCGACAAACGUGUCAGUUGUUGUUUUUGAAAGCACUAAGGAUGUUGAAGAUGCCCAUGCUGGACUGUUUAAGGGAGGCAGCAAACAGACAGUCUGGAGAGCCUACUUGACGACUGACAAAGAAGUCCCCGGCUUAGUGCUCAUGCAAGACUUGGCCUUCCUCAGUGGAUUCCCACCGACAUUCAAGGAGACAAGUCAGCUGAAGACGAAACUGCCAGAGACUCUUUCUUCCAAAAUAAAACUGUUGCAGUUGUACUCUGAGGCCAGUGUCGCUCUCCUAAAAUUGAAUAACCCCAAAGGCUUCCAAGAGCUCAACAAACAAACCAAGAAGAACAUGACCAUCAGUGGGAAGGAGCUGACUCUCAGCCCUGCGUAUCUGUUGUGGGACCUGAGUGCCAUCAGCCAGUCCAAGCAGGAUGAAGAUGUGUCUGCCAGCCGUUUCGAAGAUAACGAAGAGCUGAGGUACUCAUUGCGAUCCAUCGAAAGACAUGCACCAUGGGUUCGGAAUAUUUUCAUCGUCACCAACGGACAGAUCCCUUCCUGGCUGAACCUUGACAACCCUCGAGUGACAAUAGUAACCCACCAGGACAUUUUCCGGAAUUUGAGCCACUUGCCUACUUUCAGCUCUCCUGCUAUUGAGAGUCACAUCCAUCGCAUCGAGGGGCUGUCGCAGAAGUUCAUUUACCUAAAUGAUGACGUUAUGUUUGGUAAGGAUGUUUGGCCAGACGACUUUUACAGUCACUCCAAAGGUCAAAAGGUUUAUUUGACAUGGCCUGUGCCCAAUUGUGCCGAGGGCUGCCCCGGCUCCUGGAUUAAAGAUGGCUAUUGUGACAAGGCCUGUAAUAAUUCAGCUUGUGACUGGGAUGGUGGUGAUUGCUCCGGUAACAGCGGAGGGAGUCGCUUUGCUGCAGGAGGUGGGGGUACCGGGAAUAUCGGAGUCGGACAGCCCUGGCAGUUUGGCGGAGGAAUAAAUAGUGUCUCUUACUGUAACCAAGGGUGUGCGAAUUCCUGGCUCGCCGAUAAGUUCUGUGACCAAGCCUGCAACGUCUUGUCCUGUGGUUUCGAUGCUGGUGACUGUGGACAAGAUCAUUUUCAUGAACUGUAUAAAGUAACUCUUCUCCCAAACCAGACCCACUACGCUAUCCCCAAAGGUGAACACCUGCCUUAUUUCAGCUUUGCAAAAAUAGCCAAGAGAGGAAUCGAAGGCGCCUACAGCGACAACCCAAUAAUCCGACACGCAUCCAUUGCAAACAAGUGGAAAACCAUACACCUCAUAUUGCACAGUGGGAUGAACGCAACCGUGAUACACUUUAAUCUCACACUCCAGAACUCCAAUGACCAAGAGUUCAAAAUCCAGGUAACAGUAGAGGUGGACACAAGGGAGGUGCCAAAACUCAAUUCUACCACCCAGAAGGCCUAUGAAAAUGUGCUCAGCCCAGCCACGCCUCUUCCCCAGGCUGAGUUCUCUUUUGAAGAUGUUCCCAAAGGGAAACGCUUCCCCAAGGUCAGGAGACAUGAUGUAAACCCAACGGGGAGAUUCCAAGAGGAGGUAAAAGUCCCCCUGGUAAAUACUUCACUCCUUCCAAAAGAGGCCCAGGUGAGACUGAGCAGGUUGGAGCUGCAGCUGGAACUUGGAGACAUCACUCUGAAAGGAUACAAUUUGUCCAAGUCAGCCCUGCUGAAGUCUUUCCUGGGGAACUCACGAGAUGCUAAAGGAAAACCUCCAGCCAGGACUGACCAAACAAAUGACAAUUUGGAGGUCCCACGGGAAAUGCUGUCUCACGGAAGCCCAGCUGGCUUUGUUGCCGGCCAGAGAUGGGAGACAUGGACGUCCCCAGUGGGGACAGUGAACUGGAAUGACCGUGACCACGACUUAAAGCCACCUCCAGUCUUGGAGACCGAUGCAAGACUUAAUAAGUUGGAAACUCAGACCCAACAGGGACCCGGCGUGGCUGUACCCAAAGAAAAGCUCACAGGGAAAGGAGAGGAGGGUGGUAAAGUGGAAGUCGAUGCUGACAGCCACAUGGCUGUCCAUGAGGGAGUACCUGGAAGGAGGCUGCAGCACUACACAGACAGUUACCCAGGCUUUUUGCCUUGGGAGAAAACAAAGUAUUUCCAGGACCUUCUUGAUGAGGAAGAGUCAUUGAAGACACAAUUGGCGUACUUUACCGAUGGCACACACACAGGGCGGCAACUCAAAGAUACGUUUGCAGACUCACUCCGAUACGUCAAUAAAAUCCUAAACAGCAAGUUUGGGUUCACAUCCAGGAAAGUCCCCGCACACAUGCCUCACCUGAUUGACAGAAUUGUUAUGCAAGAGCUACAAGACAUGUUCCCUGAAGAAUUUGACAAGACAUCAUUUCACAAGGUGCGCCACUCUGAGGACAUGCAGUUUGCCUUCUCGUAUUUCUAUUAUCUCAUGAGUGCAGUUCAACCCCUGAAUAUUUCUCAAGUCUUUGAUGAUGUAGAUACAGACCAAUCUGGUAUCUUGUCUGAUAGAGAAAUCCGAACACUGGCUACCAGAAUUCAUGAUCUGCCUUUAAGCUUGCAGGAUUUGACAGGUUUGGAACACAUGUUAAUAAACUGCUCAAAAAUGCUUCCUGCUAAUAUCACUCAACUGAACAACAUCCCACCAACUCAGGAAGCAUACUACGAUCCCAAUCUGCCACCAGUCACUAAAAGUCUUGUCACCAACUGUAAACCAGUAACCGACAAAAUCCAUAAGGCAUAUAAAGACAAGAACAAAUACAGGUUUGAAAUCAUGGGAGAAGAGGAAAUCGCUUUCAAAAUGAUUCGUACCAAUGUUUCUCAUGUGGUUGGCCAGUUGGAUGACAUCAGAAAAAACCCCAGGAAGUUUGUUUGUCUGAAUGACAACAUUGACCACAAUCAUAAAGAUGCUCAGACAGUGAAGGCCGUGCUCCGGGACUUCUAUGAAUCCAUGUUUCCCAACCCUUCCCAGUUUGAGCUGCCGCGAGAAUAUCGGAACCGUUUUCUUCAUAUGCACGAGCUUCAGGAAUGGAGGGCAUAUCGAGACAAGUUGAAGUUUUGGACCCAUUGCGUACUAGGAACGUUGAUCAUAUUUACUAUAUUCUCAUUUUUCGCUGAACAGAUAAUUGCCCUUAAGCGGAAGAUAUUUCCCCGGAGGAGGAUACACAAGGAAGCUAGUCCAGAUCGAAUCAGGGUGUAGAAGACCUUCAUUUAAAAAUCACCUACCUCAGCAUCUUCUGAACAUCUCACACCUCACCAUCACAGGGGUGUCGCCAUGGUGUGACACACAGACACAGGGUGGUUCCCAUGAUGUGACGCACAGACAGCCUGCUUGGAAGAAGGGACAGUGUGCAGACACGUUCUUCUGCAGCAUGAAGAGCCUACUGCCCUGGAAUUAGUCAGCACACUGAGAACCUGUGCUGACAGCUGUACAGCUUGUACUUUUAAAGGAUUUACUGAAGGACCUGUCAGCUUUUGAUGAACCCUGGAUGACAGACAGGCUGCUGGUUUCCUCCC